AUGGCAGAAUCAUCACGGAGAAUGAAAAGUAAAGAAUCAAAGGCGACAAAGAAGACAAAGUUGAGAUAUGUACGUGAUGAAGAAGAGUCUGAUGAUGAUCGUCUUGACUUAGGAUUGUUGGAUGUUGAACCAGAUAACUUCAAUCCUACAUCUAACUUGUGUGACGACCCUUUUCUUAACAUUUUAUGUGAUGAUAAAAUGUUAAAGAAUAAUCAGUUUGAAGGGGACGAUGAAGCUGAUGUUGCUGAUGUUGAAGACAUUCACCAGGAAGAGCUUGAGCAUGAACACCUUGAAGAUGAAAAUGGCUUGGAAGUGGGUGUCGAGUUCAGGGUGCACGAUCCUACCGUCAAGUGGAACCAAAUGAAGCCUACAGUUGGUGAGUUAUAUGAGUCUCCUGCUCAGUUAAGGUUUGCACUCACUAACUAUGCUGUAGCUAAUGGAUACCAACUUUGGUUCAUGAAAAGUGAUAAAAGUAGGGUAAUUGUUAGGUGUGGGAAAAAAAAUGCAAAAAAACCAUGUCCUUUUAGGAUCCAUGCUUCGUGGAAGUAUAAUGAACGUACUUUUCAGAUAAAAUCUAUGGUUGAAACACAUCUUUGUGCAAGGAAUUAUAAUUUUGGACAUUUGGUUAGUUGUAAUUGGUUAGCAAAACACUACAUUAAGGACAUAAUUAGGAAGCCCAAAAUGACACUACCUGAGAUGAUGGAGGAUGUCCUUACAAAAUAUUCAGUGAAAGUGUCAAAGGGGCAAUGUCAUAGAGCAAGGGUAAGGGCAAGGGAGAUGAUAGAAGGUAAACUGGAGGAACACUAUGCUAAGAUAUGGGAUUAUGCCAACGAAAUCCUUAGAUCUAACCCUGGAAGUACAUGCAAAGUAGGAGUUUCUGUAAAUCCAGAUGGGGUGAAUUAUUUUGAACGUUUUUAUGUAUGUUUUAAGGCAUUGAAAGAUGGAUGGAAUACAGGGUGCAGACGUGUGAUUGGCUUAGAUGGAUGUUUCCUAAAGGGACAAAUCAAAGGGGAGAUUUUGACUGCUAUUGGAAGAGAUGCUAACAACCACGUGUAUCCAAUUGCAUGGGCUGUAGUAAAUGUAGAGAACAAAGAAAAUUGGACUUGGUUUUUACAGUUGUUGGUUGAUGACUUGGGUGUUGAGGAUGGAAGGGGUCUAGUUGUUAUUUCAGAUCAACACAAGGGACUUCUAGAAUCUGUGAAAGCUAUCCUUCCACAUGUUGAACACAGGCAGUGUGCACGACACAUUUAUGCCAACUUCAGGAAGAGGCAUACAGGAAGGCCAAGGAGGGGUGGAGAAGAAGAUAAACAAAAGGCAGUUAAGCUUGUAGUGAAAAGAAAGAAGAAGAUAAAGAAGGCUGGAGAAGGAUCCUCAAACCAGGAUGGCCAAGGUGGGGUUGAAACUGCAAACGAUGCAACUGUGCAAGAAGAAAAUGGAACUGUACAGGAAACUGUACAGGAAACUGCACCCAAAAUUGUGAAUGAUGGGAAUGCUAUUUCUGAUGAAAUUGAUGUAUUGUUGCAAAAAUGUGGUUAUGAACCUCAUGAGAUUGAACAGGCUAUAGAAAACUUGGAAAUGGAAAUGGGUGUAGAUGCUAAUGCAGACUUAGAAGAGGAUGUUAAUGAGAUUGAAGAUAACUUGCUUGAAGAAAACUUGGAAAUGGGUGUAGAUGUUAAUGAGAUUGUGCCACCAGUGCAAGAAGUUGCUAUACAAGGUUUAGAUGCUAAUGCUUGGGUUGGUGAAGAUGAUGGGAAUAUUGACUUCAUUGAAGAUACACAAGUUGUUGGGAGGCCUAGGAAAAGGAAGAUUUCUGAGAGAAUUGUGAAAAUCAAGCUGAAGAAAGCAGUUUAUGAUAAGGAUGGAAGGGGUUCUAGUAUUAAGAAACCAGUUAAUUUGGAGUAG